AUGAAGAAGAUCACACCCCUGAAGACAAUAGCAAUGGAAAAUGGCUCUUUAGUAACUGAAUUCAUCCUGGUGGGAUUUACAGACCAACCUGACCUCCAGCUAUCCCUCUUCUUCCUCUUCUUAAUGAACUAUGUGGUCACUGUGAUGGGGAAUUUGAGCUUAAUCAAUCUCAUUUGCCUGAGUUCUCACCUUCACAAUCCCAUGUACUUUUUCAUCUUCAACUUGUCUUUCAUUGAUCUCUGCCACUCCUUUGUCCUUACCCCUAAAAUACUGAUGAGCUUUGUGUCAGAAAAGAACAUCAUCUCCUUUGCAGGAUGCAUGGCUCAGCUAUUUUUCUUUUGUUUCUUUGUCCACUCCGAGUGCUAUGUGCUGACAGUCAUGGCCUAUGAUCGCCACAUGGCCAUCUGUAAGCCCCUGUUGUACACCGUCACCAUGUCCCCUAAGUUCUGUUCCCUGCUGAUGCUUAGUUCAUACAUGAUGGGGUUUGCUGGUGCCAUGGUCCACACAGGGGACAUGGUCAGACUGUCCUUUUGUGAUUCCAACAUCAUCAACCACUAUAUGUGUGACAUUUUCCCCCUGCUCCAGCUCUCCUGCAGCAGCACCUAUGCCAAUGAGCUGGUGGAUUCCAUUACUGUGGGCUCAGUUGUCAUAGUAUCCAGCUUCAUUAUUUUCAUUUCUUAUGCUUUGAUCCUUUCCAGUAUCCUCCAUAUUUCCUCAGCUGAGGGUUGGUCCAAAGCUUUCAGCACCUGUGGCUCCCACAUAAUAACUGUUGCUCUUUUCUAUGGCUCUGGAUUGUUCACACAUCUCAAGACUUCUUCUGUUGGUUCUGUGGACCAGGGGAAGUUCUUCUCAGUGUUUUAUACCCAUGUGGUGCCCAUGCUGAACCCCCUCAUCUAUAGCCUAAGGAACAAGGACGUCAAACUUGCUCUGAAGAAAACCCUGAGGAGAACCGCAAAUUGA